GUACAACAAUUUUUAAAGUGCCUAAAGAGGACUUUUGACUGUUGCACCAUGGAGGACAACACCAAAGAACCCGUUGUGCGAGACCAGGCGACGGAAAAGUCGCUGGAAGCUCAGCAACCAAAUCAUGGAGACUCUCCACCUUUUGGGAGGAAGAUUGCUUCGUCACGAAAAACAAUGUCCAUCAUCACAAUCGCCAGCUGCGCGAUUGCGAACCUCUCGGACGGGUAUCAAAACAGUUUGGCUUCGAACAUGAAUGUCAUCUUUAAGCACCUUAUUCCCAAAGCAUACACUUCUGAAGUGCAAACACGCAUCUCCAAUUCGCUGCUGGUCGGCUCUGUCAUUGGUAUUCUUAUUCUAGGCUAUUGCUCGGAUCGAUGGUCCCGUAAAGGUGGAAUGUUUUUCACGUCCGGCUUAGUCUUCAUCGGCAGUCUCAUGGCAACACUGGUCUUCCAGGUGAAAGGCGGUCCUCACAAGAUGAUGUGGUACUUGACCAUUGCUCGGGGUAUUGCGGGUGUUGGUGCUGGUGGAGAAUAUCCUACUUCUGCUGCAGCUGCUCUGGAAGGCUCGAACGAGCAUUUUGAUCGCAAGCGUGGCCCCAUUCAGGUCAUGAUGUCGACCUUUACCGCGACGUUCGCUGGACCACUAUGCACAUUCAUCUAUCUGAUGACGAUCAUGGCUACUGGAAAUAAUCUCUCGGUCGCGUACCACGCCAUGUAUGGAUUUGCAACCUGCUUGCCUGUCAUCAUUCUGAUUCUGCGGAUCCGCAUGGGCGAUGCCCUCAUUUUCAAGAAGAGCAACUUCAAGCACGAGCGUGUGCCCUACUGGCUCGUCAUCAAAAAAUAUUGGCUUCGGCUCCUGGGCACCAGCAGCGCCUUCUUCCUUUACGACUUUAUCAACUUUCCGAACUCCAUCAUGAGCGGGACAAUUGUCAACAAGGUGGUUCCCUCGCACAAUAUCAAAACAGUGGCCAUUUGGCAAUUCAUUCUCAACGUACUGCCUGUGCCCGGUGUGAUUGUCGGCGCAUACCUGACCAACAAGAUUGGCCGUCGCUGGACCGGUAUCAUUGGGUUCUUGGGCUACGUUGUGUUUGGCUUCAUCGUGGGAGGUGCUUACAAGCCCUUGACUGAGAGAUCCAUUCCUGCCUUCAUUGUCCUCUACGGCCUGAUGCAAUGUAUGGGUCAUCUGGGUCCUGGCGCAACCAUUGGACUCAUGUCUGUCGAGAGCUAUCCCACCGCCGUCCGCGGCAUGGGCUACGGUAUCUCUGCAGCCUUUGGCAAAGCCGGUGCCGCCGUGGGCACACAGGUCUUUUUGCCUAUCGAAGACAGUGCUGGACAAGCCGCCACCUUCUUUGUGGCCGGCGGUAUCGGCAUUGUCGGUGCGCUCAUCUACUAUUUCAUUCCCGAGGGCAAGAACAUGGACUUGGAGCAGGAAGAUGCCAAAUUUGUUGAGUACUUGCGAUCCAAUGGAUGGCAAGGAAAGCUCAGCACCGUCGAGUAUGUGGAAGAGGGAUCGUGAAUAUAUCAACAUGAGAUGUUACGGGUAAUGAAUGAUGCAUCAAAUAAACAGACACCAUAUAGACCAUUAAUAGACAUAGACUUUAGAUAGUAAGAAUGACGAAUAGAAUGAAUAAGCAUGGCCAACGUUACUUGGGUAUUUUUUGGGUUCAGAGAAAUCACAAGUCAGCCCCGU